AGUUUGCAAGUGACAGUAAGGUGACUGCAUACAGCAGCCUUGCAUACAGCACUUUUUGCUGCGUCCAGAUAAAACAUCUUCUCAAUGUUCUGCCUGGACUGGAAGUAAUAAUGAGCUGUGAAUGCUGACUUCCUGCUCAUAUCUCGCUUACUGCUUCUACUUUCUUUUCCUAUUGAUCAUUUAUUAUGGCCACCCUGGACGCUACUGCCAGCAGUCCCAGUGCCACCAUGACCAAUGGCGACCCAGCCGUCGGAGUGGAGCCCAUGGCCGUGGUUGAGGUUCAGUCAGAAGAGAGCCCUGCAGAAGCUGAGUGUGUAGGGUUGGGAACCCUGGAGGCUGAGAAUACAGUGGUGGUGGAGCUGAUUAAGCCAGAUCCUGACACAGUGGAAGCAUCAGAGUGUGGUGGUGUCACAACAGUGGCUCACUGUGACAAAGUGAUGGCAGAUCGGGAGUCAGCAGAGAUGACCAGUGCAGGCCUUGAGGGUGGUGACCUUCCAUCAGCAUCGCCAUCACCGCCAGUGGCAUCACCACUGACUCCUCCGCCUCCGCUGCCAGAGCAGGAGGAUGUGAAACAGGAACAACAGGAGCUGCUGUCAGAACAGGAGAGGAAGACAUCGCAGCAGCAGCCGUUAGAGCAUGAGGAAACAGAGCCAGCUCCGCAGCCGAUGGACACCUCUGAGGCGUCUGACGGCGCCCCGCCGGCCUCGGAUGCCGCCGCCGCCGGCCGAACAGUCCACGUUCUGGUGUCUGACUCCGUGGCCUGGAUGCGGCCGGCGGGCGAGUCGGCCGCCUCCGAGUCCCCCGCCGUCUGUGACGUCACGGCGGUGGUGACUCCGACCGGCUCGGCCCGCCGGAAGGCGUCCGGGGUGGCCCCGCGGAGGGUCCCGCAGGAGAUCCAGCCGGUCCAGCGGCUCGUCACGGAGAAGUGGCCGCGCAGGGGCCGCGGCGGCGGCGUCUCCCGGGCCUCCCGCGUGUCUGUGAUCUCCUCACUGCCCGCCGCCGGCGCUGAGGCGGCCGGGAGGCGGUCGGCGCCGCCGGCCGCGGCCGCCGCGGCGCCCCCACCUCUGCCGUUCGACUGUGACGCCUGUCGGACCCGGUUCAGCGAUCGGAUCUCGCUGGCGGUCCACUGCCGCGAGCACGGCGGCGCGCCGGCCGAGCCGUGCUCCCGCUGCGGCCGGCUGCUGGCUGCCCCGCUGGACCGGGCGCGCCACGAGCGGCGGCACCGCGCCGCGCGGCAGCACGGCGCCCCGGCCACCCGCCGGAGGGCUGCACAGACCGCCGCCAGUCCGGCCACACCGACCCGCCUCCUGCCCCAGCGGAGGGGCCGCGAGCCGACCCGCUGCGGCAGCUGCGGCGAGCGGUUCCGAGCGCGCGAGCUGCGCGAACACUUCGCGCCGCACCCGCGCACGGGCUUCUACCGGUGCACGGGGUGUUACGACGCGUUUGCGCAGCAGUGUCAGCUGGAGCGGCACAUCUGUACCGGCGAGGCGCAGCGGCGGACGCAGGAGGCCGCUCCGCCGGCCACUCGGACCCGGAGCGCCGGGCUGAGGCGGGGGAGACAGCCGUCUGAGGAACCCGAGGAGGAAGAGGUAGUGUUUGUGGAAGAGGAGAGCGGAGACGUGUCUGCACCGCUGCCAGCCGCGUCAGAGCGGGAAACUGCUGAUGGGGAAGGGCGACUCGCCGCUGAGAAACCCAGCGACGCUACCAACGGCGAAAAUGUGGCAGUGGAAACUGAGACUGAAGCAGUAGCAGUUGAAGAAGGUUAUGACCACGCCGAAGAGGAAGAGGCUUACGAAGACGGAGCGGAGGAUGGCACUGAAGAGGAUGAUCCCAGUGACGGCGGCAGCAGCGGCGGUGACGAGGACAGCCACGAGUGCUCUGAGUGCGGUCAGCGGUUCGCCUCGGCGCGGAACCUGUCUCGACACGCGCGCACCCACUCGAACCGCCCGCAGCUGUCCUGCGAGGUGUGUGAGCGCGCCUACUCACGGCUAGACGCCCUGGUACGGCACAGCGUGGACGCCCACGAGCAGGCGCGUCAGUUUCCGUGCCCGCGGUGUCGCUGGAAAUUCCCCCAGCGGCGGAUACUCGAGUACCACCUGAAGGCGCACGACCGGGAGGGCAGGCCGGCCGGCCGCGGUCCGGGACGCCGGCCCAGACCCUUCCGCUGCAAGGCCUGCAAGCGCUCCUUCAUGGAGGCGUCGCAGCUGGAGGAGCACGAGUGUCGCGCCGACCGCUCCGGCGAGCCGGGAUACAUCUGCGACAUCUGUGGGAAGACCAUCAAGACCAAGAUGUGGCUGAGCCGGCACCGACUGCUGCACGGCGACCAGCGGCCAGCCAAGUGCGAGACCUGCGGCCAAGGCUUCAUCGACGACAAGGCGCUGGCCAAACACGUCAAAACGCACACCGACGGCCGCCGCUUCCUCUGUGACACGUGUGGGAAGGGAUUCGCGCUCAAAGUCACCUUACAGAUCCACUCCCGCACCCACACCGGCGAGCGGCCGUUUGCCUGCGAGACGUGUGGCAAGCGCUUCUCUACGCGCACCCAGCUGUUCCACCACUCUAAGAUCCACUCUGGGGAGAAGCCCUACGUGUGUACUGUCUGCCAGCGCGGGUUUCGACAGUCGCACCACCUGAAGACGCAUAUGAAGAUCCACGCGGACCGGCCGGAGCGGCACAUUAGGGAGGCUCGGAACGCGCGCGCUAUGGGAGUGGCUGUCAGUGAGGAGCCGGUGCUGGGGGCACCCCCGGGGACUACUGUGCUGGCGCAACUGACGGAGGAGGGGAGGCCGCUGCCGGAGACGCUUUGUGACGGCGAGGGGUGAGCGGCCGGUGUGAGUGAGCGCGCGGAAAAGCGAGAUACGCCUCGGGGAAAAGGUGAUUACUUCAGUGAAUAGUGAGAACCAGUGACCGUGCCAGUGUGGAGAGAGAUCUGUGGGAGGACUGGUGUCUCACGGGAGGACGCAACAGACUUCGAGACCUGUGGCAGGGGGCUGCUUUACCUGAUGUGUGGUGAGUAGUCCAGAACCAGUUUAUCGUGAUUUACACAGCGUGUAUAUUGGUCGAUGUGUGGAGCCAUCGGAAGUUUCUCAAUAUUAUUUGGUCUAGGACUAGGCUUAAAUACUUAUUUGGGGAGGAGCUAAUCGUUGAUAAGUUUGAAUUAUUAGCCUUGGAGCCGUGAGCUUCGUUUUGGCUGUGUUACCUGUGUAAGAUAUGCAUUAUGUUCAAUCCUGCUUCAGGCGAUUGAUUUUGGCCGCGGUGCGUGCACCUGAACACAUGUGCCCGCAGUCUGAUCAUUUUCUAUUCGAUCAGCGUCGGCUUUUGUAGACGAAAUCGGCUCGAGAUCAGUGUACUAACUUUCUCGCUCUAGUUCUGCCAAGUUGAAAGGGAUGCCGCGUUUUCAUUCACCUUCUGAAACUUAAUGUCGCGUUUCAGAGCCGCAGCUUGAAAAUGUGUACCAGAUUUCUUUGUUUGAUCAUUGUACACGAGCUAGGAUGUAAAUUGCGCUGGGAUUACAUGCUUGACAAAACUCCAUCUUCGCGAUAGCUGCUCUUUUCUCUCUGGUUGUUCAUAGGCCUGCAAGUUCAGGGAGCAUCGAAACAGGCGUCAGUUACGUUGCGAAUGACACCAGUGUUUCGUCGAAUUGAUGUUUGCUAGACAUCAACGUGUAUCCUCCUUGGAUGCUGACAAUUAGUCUUUAUCUCCUUCGCCCAUCAAAAUGUUUUCUCCAAUCCACAUUGUUCCAAAUCUUGUUAUCUGUAAGCUAGCCACGGGAGUACCUUAAAACAUUUGUCAAUAUCUGCUGCCACAAUAAUUCGUUCUAGCAUAGAGAAUCUGGAAAUAUUGUGUAUUGCGCUUCGUUUCGACAGUUAGUAUCUGAGCCCACGCGGUGCCAUUGUGAGGUAGUGUAAGUGAAGUGCUGUAUUUGUUCAUGUUCGCCGCACGGCCUGCCCCCACCGUCGCGAAAUAUGUCGACAUUUGUCUGUGUACAAGCUGUUUACACCAAUUAUUCCCUGCUUUGGUGCCGUAUCCCCGGUGAACAUAUGCCGGCCAUUUCUGACGACAUUUACAGACAUUUCUGGGUAGGAGCGCGCCCUGUUUAUGUUUCUUUGCCCCUUAUGAUGUGUGUUUGUCAGUGCUCCGUGGGAGCUUUGCCGGGCAUCAUGGUAGCUUUGCUGGCGCUGAGCUUAUUCGUAUCGCACAUGGGAUUGUGUGAUGUAUUGCUAUCCAAUGUGAGCUGAGACCGUUCUAAUACAGCCUGAUGU